AUGAGAAAGAAGAGUAAAGAAGAGCAACUUAUGGUUAGGAUUGGCGAAAAAAUAGAGAACCUUUACACGUAUAUCAACGCAGUGUGCUGGUCUAUAUGCGCAGCUGCAUCUACAAUACUAGUAAUGACCAUAACGUUUGGAAGCGUUGCUUUGAUGUCUUACCAAAGUCAACUAAAAACCAAAGACCUACAACCCAUAGUGAUCUCCAUUUCACCCAAAAUUUGGGAUUUAGUGAAAAAUGAAGAGUUUGUUAGCGCGGUAAUGAAGUCAUUCAAAUUUCCAAUCAUCAAAAAUGAGGAGGGUAAACUGGUAUACCGCAUUUGGGAUACAGUGAUAGAUAAAGUGUCGUUAAAUGGGUCCGAAUUUUCAUUUCCAGACAUGCGUGAUGGUAUACAUUUACGAGCAGAGAAUAUGCAGUUUCACUUGAGCACUAAGGCUGAGUUAGAAUUAUGGGAAGAGAUAUUCAUAUGGAUCCAAUUAGCUAAAAGGAAAGGUGAAAUUGGAGCGAAGUUGGAAAAUGUCAGCCUUGACAUCAAGCUUGCAUGGAACGACUUUAAAUUUGCACCAAAUAUCACGAUGAAGUGCAAUGCGAACGUUGAAUUUUCUCCAGAUAUGGAAGGAAUGGAUGAUUACAAACAGCAGGCUGAUAGUAUUAUCACAGCAAAAAUCAAUGAAGAAGUACCUCAAAUGCUGACUAACAUGAUAAAUGAGAAGAUCAAUCCGUACUUGCAAAAGCUCAAAAAAUUGAUGAGAAAAUAUGGAAUUUACAAUAUAUACAAUGUUAGCUUGGAGACUGAACAAGAUUCGAUCUGUGUGAAAAUGAAACGAAAAGAGUAA